ACUCCACUCCCUUAGAGACCAGACCCUUAACAACAGUUCCUGUCAGAGUGUCAGUCGGCGUGGUGCACGCAUGGGCAUGUCAGAGCGUCCGUCUGUAUUGGGUAGAGAGGGAAAUGGGCCACGUCCAGUGAGGCAGGACUCUUCCUCCUCUUACACACAGAUAGAUGAUAACCAUCCUGCUGAUAAACUCAGGAAACUGAAGGAGGUGCACAAGCGUUUGAAUGAAUUAAGAGAGCUUGUUCAGUAUUAUGAACAGACAUCAGAUAUGGUGGUGGACACCGUAAACGAGAAUGUGAAGGAGGACGAUGAGGAAACAGAGGACGGUUCACUCUUUGAGGUCAUGUUUGAUUCAGAGCAGGAGAACCAUGAACCGGUCACCAAUAUCAG